GAAAUGAGUUGGUUGAAUAUGAAAGAUGAGUUUUUUUAUCUAAAGUUUUGAUUUUUUUAUCAAAGUUGUGAUCUUUUUGAGAAAUUCUUUGUUUCAUCCGUGUGUUAUUUGUUUAAGAUUGUGUAAGUUUUAUUGAUUCUGUGGGUGAAGAAUUUGAUAUUGUUGACACUACCCUGAUGAUGAAGAAGAUUGGUUGAAGCCUUCACCAAAAUCUUAAUUGAAUUAAUGAUAAAAUUUGUAAUUGAAUUUUUUUACUUAUUUAAUCUAUGAAAUGGAGUGUGAAUUGUUUGAUUAUCGUAUUUGAUUUUUUUUUUCCUGAUGAUUUCAAUUUAUGUUUCAAAGAAGCAAGUAGACUUUGGCGCUAUUGAUAAUUGUACGAGAGUUGCUUCUAUCGAAGUUUGUGUGGUUUAUGUUUAAAAAAUGCGGGGAAUGAAUUCAUUUAGGAUAUACAUAAUGCUGCUGUUCUUUUACCUCAAAAUUUGGCAAAAAAAAAUUUCCCUUUUAUCUUCCUGUCUUAAUCUUCACAUUCACCACCCCUGAAACAAGGAAAGAAACCCUAAUUCAAGUCUCUCUCUUCCAUUAAUUUAAUCAGGUAUAUCAAAUGGUGGAGCAAUAUCUUCUCAUCAAAUUCAAAACCCACUUUUCUGGAAGAGUCCACCAAGCCUAGAAGCCUUCUAGGCUUUUGGUCAACCAUUAUUUAACCAAGAGUUCUUAGAAGCUGAUGGAGGGAAUAGUUAAGAAGUAUCAGCAUAAAUUCAAAAAGCUCAAAGAAGAAAUGAAUCGAUGGGAUAACCUUCAAUCACGCCUAAUUGUUCAGUUUAGAAAUGCUUCUUCAAUCAUUGAGAGGUUACAGGUUGUUCAAGAUCCUAGAAACUACUCAAGUUUGAAUUCCGUAGCUGGUAUUCAAGUUGCUGUGUUGGGAAAACAAAUGGAGUCCUUGCAGACUAUUUUGCUUUCUAUGAAAAAAACAUUGGAGGAGUUUCAAGGAAUUGUUUUGUCUAUUGAGAAGUUAUAUCGAGAUGGUAGACAACUAGUUAAAGGGGGUUCUAAUCAGCUAACAGUGAAACAACUGCAGCAGAGAGUUGGUGUAAAGCCGUGUCUUGCAGAUUGUCUAGAUGGGCUUAUGAUUCUUCAUGACAUGCAUUACUCAGAGUUUCUUCUAAAAUCUUCAUUGUUUUCAGCACUUUCAGAAUUGGCCCUGAAACCCAGUACAAGUGAUCUAAGUGCACUGCAGCAACUCUUAGUUGAUCAGCCAAACAUCCCCAAAGAGGAAGUGGAAUCCAUCUUUGAAAUCAUAUUUGCAGAAGAGAUUUACUGAUAUUCAAUAAAGCGGCUGUCAAGGUCAAUCUUCCAUGCAUGGAAUACCUGGAUGUGGAAUGGAAUUGCAGAGCUCCUGACUUUUUAUGAAAACGAUGCUUGCAACAGUACGCUCAUUUCUUGCUGUUGAGGGUACAGAAAAAUGCCUUUGAAGCAUCUUUUUGAGUAAAUCAUUUUUUGCAAUCAUAAAGAGUUUCAGAAUUCUUCCGGUUCAAGCAUAUUUGCAGAAGAGAUUAUUCCUCUUCUCGACCGCAUCUCGGUGACAGAAAUGAUUCUCUGUUCAAGUUCAAUUAUCAUGUACUUAACAGGUCUACCUAGUCUUUAGUACUCAAAUUGAUAUGUAAGAAAAAUUAUAGAUUAAACUAUGAACACCCAGUUUUGAAUUUUUAA